AAAAAUUUCAAAAAUACAUCCCACCAUACUUCAACCCCACCUUGCGUCUUCUUAUUUCUUCACAUCUUCACAGGCUUUUUUGUUUCUUCUCUUCCCAAGAUACCCCUGAGUUUCAUUAUACAGAUUCUCCAUUCUCAUUCUUUCAACUCGUAAAAAAUGGGCUUCACCGAUCUUCUCAGCGACGCCGGUCUGGCUGUCCUUAACAGCUGGUUGACCACCCGAUCUUACAUCACUGGUUACGCUCCUUCUCAGGCCGAUGUUGCCGUCUUCAAGGCCAUCACCUCUGCUCCCGAAGCCGCCAAAUACCCCAACGCCGCCCGAUGGUACAAGCACAUCGCCUCUUUCGAGGAUGAGUUCCCCACCCUGCCCGGUGACGCGUCUAAGCCUUACACCGUCUACGGCCCUGAGGAGGUUGCCGUCACCUUAAACCCCGCCAAGGCCCCUGACGCCGCCGAGGAGGAGGAGGACGUCGAUCUAUUCGGCAGUGACGACGAGGAGGAAGAUGCUGAGGCCGUCCGCGUCCGUGAGGAGCGUCUGGCUGCUUACCGAGAGAAGAAGGCCGCCAAGCCCAAGACCAUCGCCAAGUCCGUUGUUACCUUGGACGUCAAGCCUUGGGAUGACGAGACUGAUAUGGCUGCUCUCGAGGCCGCCGUCCGUGGAAUCGAGAAGGAUGGUCUAGUCUGGGGUGCCUCCAAGCUGGUGCCCGUCGGUUUCGGUAUCAAGAAGCUGCAGAUCACCCUUGUCGUCGAGGACGAGAAGGUCUCUCUUAGUGACCUCGAGGAGGAAAUCCAAGGAUUCGAGGACUACGUCCAGUCCACCGAUGUUGCUGCCAUGCAGAAGCUGUAAACAAGUUACCUUCUCCUUUGGUAGACGUCACACCAUUACACUAGCCACUCAAUGCAUGAUACACGACUUGAGAGCCAACGAAAGCAUGGCCGAUGAUUGUGAUGAGGUUGGAUGGAUGAGCAUGAUAUCGGGCUUAUAAUAUCUCUAUCGAGACAAAAAAAAGUUCCAUAGAGAAAAUACGUGGUUAGAGUGUUAAAUGCAUUGAGAUGCUACAAAAAAGAGACUUGCCCCUGAUGAAAGUAACUACUUGGACUUGAAGACUUUUAAGAUUACAGUGUGCUCUUUCUUGUCAAAAGGAGGGGGGGAUUUGGCCAGGUCUAUCCUACCAUUACUAUUCUAGGAAGAAUAUCAUAGCCAAAUUCAUAUCUUUCACUUUGUA